UGAACUAUUUUUGUCUAUUUUAUUCAAUUUUAUUCAGAUAAAUUCAUUUUUGUAGUUUCUUGGAAAUGGAGAUCCUGAAACGGACCCUUGUCAUUACUGAUUAUUUAUUAAUUAUUAUACUUUUAAAAGACCCCGCAUAAAAAGUAAAUAAUUUUUGACCGGGAAACAAUGCACUUCUUGUGAAAGGUCAUUUAUGUUUCACCUUUGUCAUUGUGCGGAAUGUGAACGCACCCUUAGGUCCAAUUGCGCUGUUAUUGCGUGUGAACCCGACUUUAUCUUUCGCAAAUUUGCGAUUUUCCUGCAGCUGCACGAUUUUGUGAAUAAAAUACUGAAAUGGUAUUUCAAUAGUCAAAAUUAAAAUCUAAAUAAUUUUAUUCCUUUUCUUUACCAAAUUAUUAUUUCUCUCUUUUUUCCUUACUUUCCAAAUCCAAUUUCCGAUUUUCAAUAAGAAUUGAAACAAACCUCAAACAUAACCUCAAAAAGCGUGAUUUUCAACAUUGUCAACCCAUUUAGACUAUUAUCUUCGAGAUUUUUUCUUAAAAAAAGAAUACCUAUUGCAUAAUGGAGAAAAGAUUUAAAAUCUCCUCGAAUAUUGUAUAUAGAAUAAAAAAUAUAUAUCUAUGUCUUUUAAGGCCUAAGUCAAGGACACUUUAGACAAGAAAGAAAGAAAGAAAGAGAGAGAAAUGAAUCGAACAUAAAAAUUUCGUCAUCAUUUUUAGUUUGUGCGUAUUGCUGGUGCGAUGUGGUUUAAAAUGAGAGUAUAACGAUUGCCAAUAUGCGCGCGACUCCUUUUUACCUAUAUUGUACAAUAUAACACUAACUAUAUUAUACAUAUCUAUGUAUAUGAAAAAAAUAUUAUUCACAAUGAAUUUAUUUCCUGAUGCAACGAGAAAUUUGUCACAUUCCGCAAAAUUUGCGGACUGUCAAUAACACAACAUCCGUUUUUCAAUUUUAUCCAUUUAAUCCAUCGACGUAUUGAGGGCGCGUGUAAAAUAAAGGUAUAAUAUAGAAGAAAAAAAAAAGAGAAAUAUUUAUAUUCUUUAGACAAAAAAAAAAAUGUUAAUUCGACAGAAAUAUGUGAUGACAGUUAAUUGUUUUGAAAUAUUUUUUCUAAAGUGAGAGAAAUUAGGAAAUUAUUAUAAUAAACAUCGAAAAGUGUGAAUAGAAAAAAUGAUUAAAUUUAGUUACUCUUCAGGACUUUUCUUUUUCAGUUAAAAAAAAGCAGUGUGUGUGUGUUUUUUUUAAAUCGAAAAAUAGCGAGAGGGAGAAGAAAAAAAAAAUGACGACGGGCUUGAGAGCGGUUGUUAUGAAAUUUCGAACGGUGACGAAAAAUUAUCCAGUGGUAAGGGGAAUGACAUCGUACGUUGUCAUUUGGCCAGUGGCGAGUUUAAUUCAACAAAAAAUCACUGGCAAGGAAAAAUUGGAUUAUCUGCAAGCUUUGAGAUUUAGUAUUUAUGGGGGUUUUUUCGUUGCACCAACACUUUAUGCCUGGCUUAAAGUUGCCAGUCGAUUUUGGCCCAGAGCUGAUCUCAAAUCUGCACUUACCAAGGCUCUUGUGGAACAAGCAACUUAUGGGCCGUCGGCAAUGUGUUGCUUUUUCUUUGGCAUAAGUUUAUUGGAAUUCAAACCAAUUUCUGAGUGCAUUGAUCAAGUGAGAGAAAAAUUCUGGCCCACCUACAAGAUUGGCGUUUGCGUUUGGCCGAUAUUACAGACAGUGAAUUUUCUCUUUGUACCUGAAAAAAAUCGUGUUGUCUACGUGAGCAUUUGCAGUUUAAUGUGGACAUCAUUUCUUGCUUAUAUGAAAUCCCUUGAAACAAGGAGACUGCAAAAUAUUCCCGUUCAAAUGAAAAUUGAAGCCAAUAAUAUUGUUGAAAGUAGUAGUGAAGAUAAAUCAAAAAUGGAUAAAACAAAUUGGUUCUCUGUUUAUCAUUAAUAAUUGCUCGUAUUAGGAAAAAAUUUAAAAAAAAAGAAAUUUCACAUUGAUGACGCGUAACGAACAUUUUUUUUCUUUUAAUCUUUUUUUUUAAACAUUAUUUAUAAUAUUUCAAAUAUUUUUUUUGAUUUUCAUUUUGAAUUCCGCGCCGUUUAACUAAUUUUCGUACAAUUCCGACCUUAUCGACCGUUCAUAGAUUGGAAACUCACUUAAAAAUAUUUUAUUCAAAUAGCUCGCGAAAUAUGUAUAAAAUAAUUUUUUUCAAUUUGAUUUAUUUAUUUUUAUUUAUUAAAAAAAUUAUUUUGCCUGCUCUAUUUAUUUUUUUUAAUUUUUUACGCGUCUCGUUGUUAUUGACAUUUUUUCUAGACAAAUUUAAUUGUACAAAAUAAAUAUAUACGUAAUUGUUCAUUUUUUUUAUUACGAAAAUAAUUUUUUUUUCUCCACAACCCCCUUUUUUAAAAGGCGGGGGGGGAGGGGAUGAAAUUCUAGUAAAAUUGAAUUAUUGUUAUUAAUCGUGAUUUUCUCUCGAUGGAGAAAAUUUGAAAGUAAAAAAAAACCAAAAGAAAAAAAAAUAGUUGAUAUUUUUUUUUAUUGAGAAAAGAAUUCCACUAGUGAAAGUAUAUAAAUACCUGACUAAGAUUAUAUUAUUUUUAAUAAUAAAUGAAUUUAUUGUUGAAAGUAUAAGCAACGAUAUUUUUUAUUCGCAUUCAAAAAAAAAAA